ACGCCCGCCGUGGUCAGAUCUGUGAUCGGCGACUGCUGUGGCAGACUCUGGCGCGCACUUCCUUCAAAGAGGGCUGUCUAACUUUUGAUGGAAUCCAGCUGUUGUCAAAAUACUCUGGGGCCCCGUUUAUUUGCAUUGCUAAACAAUCUGUAGAGAACGGAGUGUCUAGAAACAGAACGGUUCUUAUUGUAAGACACUCCCCUCUUUACGUGGUCAACGCACUAUUGCUUUAGGUCUACGGAAGAGCGCCUAACCAAAGCCAGGUGUUGGUUUUUUGCGUUACCACACUCACUGGGGGAGGCGAGGACGCCACAUUCACGCAUUCAUCCUGCACAUCUGUGGUGGAAGUGCGGACUUCUGCACUUUUUUUUAUUGCGCGGACUCAGUGGGUCACUUUUCUACUUGUUUUCAAAGGGGGAUUCCAAGGAUUCAUAAAAACAUGUUAUUUUCAAUGCGCAGCUUGAGAUCCUCGCGAUAUGGGAGAAUGCUGACAAUUCUUGUAUUUGCAUUAUGUUGCAUUCACUCUGGGAAAGCUCAGACAUGCACUGAAGGAUUUGCCUAUGACCGACGUGCCAGGCAGUGCAUUGAUGUGGAUGAGUGCCGGACGGUGCCAGAUGCGUGCCGGCUGGACAUGCGCUGCGUCAAUCAAAACGGCGGUUACUUGUGCUUGCCCAGGAGCAUGUACACUCAGUCCUACUCCAGACCAGAAGAGCCUGGCCCCGGUCCUCUCCCACUGCCUGGCCCGGGACCCCGGCCCCAGGUGCCUGCCUACCCAGAGCCAGCAUACCCGGACACGUCGCUGGGCUUUGCCGAGCAACAGUUUGCAGCGCCACCCCCGGGCCCCGUGGCACCCAGCUACCCCAUAGUGAGCCGCACGGCCCCCUGCAUCCUCGGGUACGUGCUCGGGGAGGAUGGUGGCACCUGUGUUGACAUCGAUGAGUGCGAGGCCAACACGCACCAGUGCAACCCCACCCAAGUGUGCUUCAACACGGACGGAGGAUACACCUGCUCCUGCCUAGAAGGCUACUGGCUGGUCAGCGGACAGUGUCAAGAUAUUGAUGAGUGUCGCUAUGGUUACUGCCAGCAGCUGUGUGCCAAUGUGCCCGGCUCCUACUCCUGCUCCUGUAACCCUGGAUUCCUGCUCAACCCCGACAGCAGGACAUGCUCAGAUGUUGAUGAAUGUGAAGAGGAGCCGUGCUCUCAUGCCUGCUUCAAUACUUACGGCUCUUACAUGUGCAACUGUGAUGAGGGCUUUGAACUGGGCUCUGAUGGCACGGCCUGCAAUGAUCUGGAUGAGUGCAGCUUCUCAGACUUCCUGUGUCAGCACUCGUGUGUAAACACCCCCGGCUCAUUCUCCUGUAUCUGCCCCUCUGGAUACUAUGUGUUUGAGGAUGGCAGAAGCUGUGAAGACCUCAAUGAAUGUGAAACUGGUAACAACACCUGUACAACAGAACAAGUCUGUUUCAAUUUCCAGGGAGGGCACACUUGCCUGGAUCCUUUACAAUGUGACCCACCUUACAUUGAGUUUGGUGACAAUCAGUGCAUGUGCUCGGCUGAGAACCCUGCCUGCAGGAAUAAGCCGUUCACUAUCCUGUACCGGCACAUGGACCUCUCCUCUGGCCGCAGUGUGCCCGCGGACAUCUUCCAGAUGCAGGCCACCACGCGCUACCCUGGGGCCUUUUACAUCUUCCAGAUCAAGUCUGGCAACGAGGGCCAGGAGUUCUACAUGCGGCAAACGAGCAGUGUCAGCGCUACCCUGGUGCUGUCUCGACCCAUCAGGGGUCCCAGAGAAGUGGUCUUGGACCUGGAGAUGGUCACCGUCAACAAUGUGAUCAACUUCAGAGGGAGUUCCAUCAUCCGGCUCAGAAUAUACGUCUCGGCACACCCCUUCUAAAGAAAAAACAAAGAAGGAUAUGGCCAGAUACUCUGUCCAUCAGACCUCUCCAUUCUCAACUCCUACACAACUCAACAUCACCCCCACUCUCCCUCCCUCCCUCCACUACAGUGUAGUAUCUCUGCCAGGACCCUUGGUCAUACAUUCCAUAUAUGGCAGCUCGAGUUUGUCCACAUGAUAUGCGAAUCAGCAUUUUUCUUCAACUAUCAUUAUGUUCUAUUUGUGAAUGUGUGAGUGAGUGUGUUGGUAUGAGUGCUGGAGACGCUUCCAGUCUCCUAACAACUGGACACUGUAUUGUUACAUGGCUGCCUGCUCAAAAAGCACUUCCUCAUCCAUGCUGAAGGAUAUUUAUGUUUGAGUAACGUACGUUUUUUUUGUGCUUUUUUUGUUCAUGUCUGUUUGGUUAUUGCCCUUCUACACACCUCAGGCGGCCCCUUUAAGAGUUAAAAGAGUUCCCUCUUUGUUGUUUUUGUUGUUGCUGUUGUUAAGAGUUAAUAGAAGCUCAAAAUGUGCAACUUAAGUCCAAACCUUUGUUGUUGUUACACACCUUGAUUUUCCUGUAUCUGUUGCAUCUUAGGUUUUAGGGAGUGUGGUGAAGUAUUCUGCACACUGGGCAUUAGCUCCAAAAAUAUAAACUUUAUUUCAUUUGUAUACUUUGUAAACGGCAACGUUUUGAUACAACAGUGGGAUCCCACUGUUUGAUCGAAACGUUUCCGUUUAUAAAAAUGAAAUCAAGUUUUUAUUUUUGGAGCUAAUGCCCAGUGUGCAGACCACUUCAUCACACUGUCUACCACUUUUGUCUGGCACCUGGAUAACUGCUUUGUGGAUGUGCGCACCCCAACCUCCAAACAUCUUAGGUUUUAGGAAAAUGAACUGUGAAAAACCAAUCAUAGGCUGUGAUGACAGAGGCCUUAAUGCUCAAUGUCAGAAGUCAGAUAUGAGGUCAGUUGGAAUGUGCAUUAACUCUGUUCAAGGCCCGUUCACAUCUGCUACGGCAACUAUAAAGAUUUAAACAACUUAAACUUUUUAUAAAAUAGUUCGGAUCACUUUCAGAGCAUUUUUUUAAACUGUAACAUAAUGUCAGCCAAUCAGAGUUCUUUAGAAAGUAUAGAUGUCAUGUCCCUUUGCUUGUUGAUGUUCAUGACAGGCAUUAUCAUUCAUAAGUGUGAAUGGAGAUGUAUUAGUUGUCUUUAUAGUUACCGUUGUAAAUGUGGACUGGACUUAAAAAGCCCUGUCCAUUCAUUGAUGCUUUUGUGCAAGACAUGAUUCUGACUGUUAUGUUUUUUUUCUGUACAGAAUUAAUUUGAUCAAUUCAAAUGUUUUUUUUUUUCUGGACGAAAGAUUUUUGUCUGCUUUUUAUUAUUAUGUCGGCCUACUAUGUUUUUGUUUAUGAAUGAUGUCCCCCCAGAGAGCCUGGUCAGUGUAAUAAAGAUAUACUUGACCUGAAUACCGUUUGUGUUACUGAUUAGUAAAAAAAAAAAAAAGUAUAACUGUUCAUAUAUUUAGGCCUAUAGAAAUUUAUGCCAAAUAUGGUGGUCAGGUAUGUAAACAAAAAGGUAUUUCUUCCCUAAAAAAUUAGGCAAAUUAUUUU